AUGUCGCAAACGACAAUAACAAUAACAACAUCACCCCGACUUGAUACCAUUUUGCAGAGGUCUGUGAGUUUUGGAGGAAGUGUGGAGAGGAGUGAGCAAUUAAGCUCUUCCUUAUCAAAUAUAAAUCAUCAUCAACAAGAUGAAGAUUCAAAGCAAAAUGCCGCUCAAUCACUACCAUCAUCAACAGAAGAACAUGCAUCCAAUACUUCAUUAUCAUCAUUGCCAAUAAUCGAUAUUACCAUAACCACUCCCAAAUCGGAUGAAACACAAAUGGACAAUACAAUAACGACAAUUAUCAAUCAAGAAGAAAACAAAAAAUUACAACCUUUCUCCUCACUACCACCACCAUCAUCAGGAAUGAAUUUUUCAAAAUCAAAGCUCGCUGGUGCAUCCUUGCAAUUACUAGAUGAAACACAAGAAGAAGAAUUACAAUGUGGAGGAUCUGUCAUGAUGCAUACAAGUGGUAAUAACCUUUCGGAUGAGGUAAAAUCCGAUGAUGAUUUGCUAAUGGAAAUUGAAUUAAAAGAUAUUAAUGUUGAUAAGAAGAAGGACGUUAUAAUGUCACCCUCAGCUGAGGAAAAGGAACAACAUCAUAAAGAUGAAUCUACAAUAACAGGACAAUCAUCCAAUAAGAGAUAUUCUCUUGAUUAUUUAAUGGGUUUCAUUCCUAGGUGGACCUUUCAUCCAAACAAACAAUCAGAAGCAAGAGAUUUGUUGGCUGUGGAGAGAACUCAAUUAGCUUGGGUUAGAACUGCAUUGUCAAUUGUGGCAAUUGGUAUUGCAGUUUCCAAAUUGUUAACAUCUUCGUCUGAUACUGCAGAAGUUAAAAUUCUAAUGGUUUCUAUUGGAACAAUUUUUGUAAUUUUGGGUUUAUUGAUUUUCAUUUACUCUUUCAUUCGAUUCCAAUACGCAACAAGACGAUUGAUUGGUGGCAUGUAUGUGGCCGAUUUAUUUGCACCUCCUUUCAUGUUUUUAUUUGGAAUGGUUGUGUGUAUUCUUGCUUUGGCACUUGUCUUUGUUAAUUGA